GACACCACCACCCUCGCAGCACACGACUUUGACGUCGACACGCGCACGGGGUUCAUGCCCCCGCAAGCACCCCUACGUCGUUUACCUGUGGAUUGGGAGCCUUGGGAGGAGGUGCUAGAUGAUGCUGUUGGAAGAAAACUGCAGCUUGGGGAUAGACUUGAUUUGGAUGAGGGGGAAAAGAUGAAUUCGGAGGUGUGGCGAGUGAGUGUGCGUGAGCUCCCUAUUCUACCGAUCACAGAACUAAAAAAAUCAGAAGUUCUGUUACGCAGAGCACACCAUGUCCUCGGAUGGAUAAUGCAUUUCUACAUCCACUCCCUCCCACCACGUACUCCCAUCCGUAUCCCUCCACCAAUAACCCUCCCCCUCCUCCAAGUCUCCGCACAACUACAGCUCCCGCCCGUCCUCACCUAUUCCGACGACGUCCUCUACAACUGGUACAUUCCCAACACCUCAGAUAUCGAGAUACCCACGCACACUUCGCCCUUGAGAUGCCAGACGCUGUUUACGUCUACGAAGGACGAAGCGGAAUUUUACCUCGUAUCGGCUAGGAUUGAAUUGAGAGGCGUGGAUGCGCUGGAGCUCAUGCGGAUGGUGAUGGACGAGGCGUUCGUCGGGGACGAAAUCGCCGCGCGCCGGAUCACCACAUACCUAACAGACCUGGCGGGGGUGAUAAAGGACCUUGGACAAAUAUUAUUAAGCGUGAAAGAGGGAUGCGACCCAGAUGUAUUCUAUCGAGACGUGAGGCCUUGGUUCCGCGGCGAAGAUUCCAGUUCGACUUCAAGGGGGCAGAAAUGGGUGUUCGAAGGUAUAGAAAUGGACGAGACACUCCGGGAGCCAACGGAAUUAUCAGGUCCCAGCGCAGGACAGAGCUCGCUCAUCCACGCGCUCGACGCGUUCCUCGGUGUGGAUCGGAAGGAUUCAACAACGCAGACAUCAACCAAGUCUACCUUUCUACAACGCAUGCAACUGUACAUGCCGCGCUACCACCGCGCCUUCCUAACUCACCUUUCCAACAACCCGCGUCCUCUCCGCGAAGUGAUCCUUUCCCUGGGCGAACACCCCGGGCUGAUGGAGGCUUAUAAUGAGAGUGUACAGGCUUUGAAGGAGUUUAGGGAUUUACAUAUGAUUAUUGUUGCGCUUUAUAUUGUGGGGCCUGCGAAGAGGGCUAGGGAGCGGGAGAGGGCGGCGGCGGUGGGGGUGGCUGUGGAAGAGGGGAGGAGGCCGUUGAAGGGGACUGGAGGGACCGACCUUGUUAAAUUUUUGAAGGGCGUGAGGGACCAGACGAAGAGGACUCUGUUG